AUGCAUAANAAAUGGAUUGAAUUAACUGAUGGAUUUUGGAGGUAUUGAAUCAUUAUAUUUAAUUAGAGAUAAAUAAGUAACAUAUUAUGGUGAAUAUUUAAAUGGUUACAAAGUUGGUAAAUGGGAUAUAUAUUAUAAUGAUUAAGAAACUGAGUAAAAUGAAUAUAUGUAAGAAAAUAUUUCAUUUAAAUGUUUUAAUUUAGUGGUGGUGGUUCAUAUGUUGAAAAAAUUAUAGGAAUUGAUAUAUAAUCAUUUAAGAAUGGAAAAUGGAUAGAGUUGAGUGAUACAUUUAAUAGGUAUUGUCAACUAUUGAAUAUCUUUAUUAGUGAAAGUUAGGUUAUUUAUAAAGGGGAAUAUUAUAAUGGGAAAAAAGUUGGAAGAUGGGAUAUAUUUUAUAAGAAUGAACAAAUGUAAAUAUUUUAAUAUUUUACAAUUUAUAUCUUUUUUUUCUAUGAUAAAUAGAGGGGGUGGAUAAUAUGAUAAUGAUUUAGUAGGAGAUCAGAACUCAGAUUCAAUUAAAAUUGGAAGUUGGGUUGAAUUAAUUGAUGGAUUUUAUGAGUAUUGUUUUUAUAUUUUUUAUUUAAAAGGUAUGGCUAAAUAACUAUGAGUGGUCAAUAUGUCAAGGGUAAAAAAUUAGGAAUUUGGCAAUGGAUUUUUGGAAAUUAGAUAAUGUAAAUAUCAAAAUUAUUAAAAAUUAAUUUAGGAAUGAAGAAAAAUAUUCUGAUUGACC